ACGUGUUACAAUUUACUCUUCAUAUCGAGAAAAUAGUCGAAAGAGUUGACAACAAAAAUAAAAUAUUAAUAAUGGCUGAUGAUAACGACGAUAGCUGGCUUUAUGGAGCUGGUGGUGAUGAAGCAGCUCAAUCAGAAACCAAAGAUCAUGAUGAAAGUGAAAUUGAAAUGCCUACAAAGAAUGGAACGCUAGACAACAGCAAAGCUUUUGAGACAUUCGAUGAACAUAACUUUGAGGAAGCUGGUGAUGAUGAACAUCUCAUUGCUGAAGAUUCAAAGGAUGGAGAAGAACAUGCUGGCACUGGUAAAUUUAAUAUUGAAGAAUUUGAAAGUGUGGGAUCAAUCAAUGGACAACCGGCUUUUGAAUUUGCUAUUGAAAAUAUUGAAGAUAAGCCAUGGAGAAAACCUGGUGCUGACAUCACCGACUACUUUAAUUAUGGUUUUAAUGAAGAAACUUGGCGUGCUUACUGUGAGCGCCAGAAAAAAAUGAGAAUUCAUGAAAGUGGCAUAGGCCUUGCUGGCUUAACAGCAGCUCAGAAUCCUCAGGGUAUCAAUGAACCACGACAGGGUAUCAAUAUUGGUUUAAAACGUAUUGGCGGUCCUCGACCGAAACCAAGUGGAACAAUUGAUGUAAUUGGAGCACCAACACAAAAUCCAAUCCGGCCUCAAGCUCCUCGUGAAAAUGUCAUUCAAGUAAUGACAGCUGAUCGUCGUGAAUACUCGAGAACUGUUGUUGGUAAUCCACAAAAUCCUCCAAUGCCCUUACAAUUCAACGUACCUCCAGAGGAAUUCUACAACCAUGAGGAACAAGAUGCGUUUAAUUAUGGUUACGAACCCACACAAGAUUCACAAUGGGAUAACCAAAAUCCAGGAUGGCAGCCAAGUGAGAUUAAGGAGUUGACAGGCAUAAAUCAGCCACCACCGAUGAUGAGCCUCAACAUACCUCCUCCAAUGAUGGGUGGAAUGCCACCACGAAUGCCACUGAAUAUGAUGCCCUCUGUUCAACCUGGAAUGAUUCCACCACUCAUGAGUCAAGUUACAUCAAUGCCACAAUCAAUGAAGCCAGUUGAUAACAGAGAUCGUCGUGAAAGGGAACCAAGAAAUUACGAUGAAAGCAGAAAAAGACCACGGGAAAGAUCUUUAUCACGAGAACGAGAGCGAAAAGAACGAGAAAGAACAAGGGAUGACCGUCCUAAAUAUGAAAGAGAUGUCCGUGAAAGCCGAUAUCGUGAAUCUUCAAGUCGUCGUGAAACUCGCCGAUCGAAAAGCCGUGAGAAAACCAAACGCUCGAAAAGCAGAGAGAAAUCAAGAAGAUCGCGAUCCAAAGAUCGUAAAACUGAUGAUAAAGAUAAAGAUCGCACACGUUCAGAUAAGUCAAAACGAUCGAAAAAAGAAGAUUCAUAAAUAACGAAUUAGAUUUUUUGCUAAAAAAUUAUCUAAGCUUUUUUAUUUGUACGAAAUAAAAAAAUUGAUUUAAUUAAUCAAUAAAAAAAAUUAAUUACUUGUAUAGAA